CCGCAGGAGGACCUACUAUCCGGCACCGAGCCGGAGGGGGGAAACGGCGCCCGCCGCCCGCCCGGAGCCCGCGAGCAGCCCCAGUCCCCCCCGCCCGCGCGUGGCGGCGCCGGCGUUCUAGCCUCCGCGGCCCCACCUCUUCCGGCCUCGGCUGUCCGGGCCGCGUUCGCCUCCGCCUGUGGAUGCUGCGCCUCUCCGAGCGCAACAUGAAGGUGCUUCUUGCCGCCGCCCUCAUCGCGGGCUCCGUCUUCUUCCUGCUGCUGCCGGGACCUUCUGCGGCCGAUGAGAAGAAGAAGGGGCCCAAAGUCACCGUCAAGGUGUAUUUUGACCUACGAAUUGGAGAUGAAGAUGUAGGCCGGGUGGUCUUUGGUCUCUUUGGAAAGACUGUUCCAAAAACAGUGGAUAAUUUUGUGGCCUUAGCUACAGGAGAGAAAGGAUUUGGCUACAAAAAUAGCAAAUUCCAUCGUGUAAUCAAGGACUUCAUGAUCCAGGGCGGAGACUUCACCAGGGGAGAUGGCACAGGAGGAAAGAGCAUCUAUGGUGAGCGCUUCCCUGAUGAGAACUUCAAGCUGAAGCACUAUGGGCCUGGCUGGGUGAGCAUGGCCAACGCAGGCAAAGACACCAACGGCUCCCAGUUCUUUAUCACUACAGUCAAGACAGCCUGGCUAGAUGGCAAGCAUGUGGUGUUCGGCAAAGUUCUAGAGGGCAUGGAGGUGGUACGGAAGGUGGAGAGCACCAAGACAGACAGCCGGGACAAACCCCUGAAGGAUGUGAUCAUCGCAGACUGCGGCAAGAUCGAAGUGGAGAAGCCCUUUGCCAUUGCCAAGGAGUAGGGCCCAGGGACCUCUUCCUUUUAGUGACCAUCUGUGCAGGCCCUGUUGCCCUCCAGGGGGUGAAGUUAAUCUGCCACAGGGCUCUAAGCUGCACUGGCCCCGGUGCUGGCAUCUGGUGGACCCACUCCCCUCACAUUCCACAGGCCCAUGGACCCAGUUUUGUAACAAACUCCUGCCAACACUGACCAAUUUAAAAAAAUAUAUGGGUUUUUUUUUUUUU